CCACACCACGCCAUAUCAUUACCUUUCAGCAUAGUUCAUAAUUAUCCGUAUAUCAAUACCAUGUCUGCGCGUCUCGGUCUCGGCCUGGGUCUCCCAGUGACGACCACUUUCGCCUUGCCCCUCUCCCUCUACUACGUUUUUCUUCAAGGGCGCGUAGUACAGCAGCGCAUCAAGGCCAACCAAGCCAUUUCGCAAUCCUCCUCACCGACCGCCGGCGAAGACGACGGACUCCUCGUAGCCUGUCGCGCUCAAGGCAACUUCAACGAAAACGUCCCACUCGCUCUUCUCCUUGCUGGAUUCGUGGAGGCCAACGGAGGAAGCAGGAAAGUCCUGACCUGGGCUUUGGCCGCACUCACGCUUGCGAGAGUGAUACAUGUUGAGGCGGGAUUGUUGGUGCAUGGCAAGAAGCACGCGCAUACAGGACCAGGACGUCCCAUCGGCUUCUUCGCCACGCUUGGUGUUGAGUUGGGUCUUGCUGGCUAUGGCGCUUACCUUGUGAAAGAGUACUGGGGUUUGUGAUGGAGGGACAUGGCGAGAUACGCGAUAUGAGGAAACAGUGCUGCGUUUCGCGUGAAUAGCUACGUGCCUUCGCGCGGCGCUCUCGCAUUGUAACGAUACCUAUUCCAUGAUUUAAUUUUAGCUACCUCCUAGGGAUGGUGAACAGGUCAAACAGACAUAGCUGCUGACCCCGCGCAAGGCAAUUCUACGUAAAUUGAGCAAUGUGUUGAUCAGGGAGUGCCGUUGAUGUAUGGCGCCCGGCAG